AUGGCCACUCCAGACAUCGAAAAGGUGGCCGCGGACGAGUCGUCCGUCAGGCCAGACUACGAGACGCCCAUCCACUCCCGCUCUCAGUCCAUCGCCUCCAGCUCUGGCUCCUCUGGCCACAGCUCUGCCCUCGAGCCCAUAGCUACCCACCACACGGAAGGGAACAGUAAUAACAUUAAUGGAUAUGACAUCUCGACCUGCAUGUCUCGCGCCACGGCUCGCGACCUUGAGCGCCAUCCAACCUUGCUCAGCCGCAUGGCCACCCAGAGAAGCCAGCACAACGAGACCGUUGGCUCUACCAGGUCCCGCCCCUUCGACAAACCGCUGCCCGAGUUUGGCGCCGGCAAGCCGUAUCCCCCCCCUCUGCCAGACAAGGAGGAGUACGUCGUCGAGUUCGAUGGACCGGAUGACCCCUUGCACCCUCAGAACUGGACGUUGAAGAGGAAGGUGUUCACGGCUCUGAUAUUGGCAUGGACGACUAUCGUCUCGUCGUUUACCAGCAGUAUCUUCUCCACUGCUACUCUCGAGGUCUCUCGUCUCUUCGGUGUCUCCCCCGAAGUAGGCCUACUCGGUCUCUCCCUCUACGUCCUGGGUUACGCCACCGGGCCUAUCGUCUGGGCUCCCCUCUCCGAGCUCCGUGGCCGACGCUUCCCCAUCAUUCUCGGCAGCGUGGGCUUCACCAUCUUCCAGUUUGGCCUUGCGUCGGCCAAGGACCUGCAGACGAUCAUGAUCUGCCGUUUCUUCGGCGGUUUCUUCGGCGCCUGUCCGGUUGCGGUCGUGGCAGCCGUCUUCUCUGACAUGUUCGACAACCGCCUUCGAGGACUGGCGAUCACCCCUUUCUCCAUGACCGUCUUCACCGGACCCCUGCUUGCUCCCUUCAUUGGCGGAUUCAUUGUCGACUCCCACCUCGGCUGGCGCUGGACUGCCUUCCUGCCCGGCAUCCUAGGCGCCAGUGCCCUUCUUCUCAACGUCUUCUUCCUCGCAGAGACAUACCCUCCCGUAGUCCUCGUCGAGAAAGCUGCAGAGCUCCGUCGUCUGACCAAAAACUGGGGCAUCCAUGCCAAACAGGAAGAAAUCGAGAUCGAGUUCGGCGAGCUGGUAGAGAAGAACUUCUCCCGCCCCAUCAAGAUCCUCUUCACCGAACCUAUCGUCCUUCUUCUCAGCAUCUACCUGGCCUUCAUCUACGGGCUCCUCUAUCUCUUCCUCACCGCCUACCCACUAGUCUUUCAGCAGAUAUACGGAUUCAGUAAGGGCGUUGGCGGGCUGCCCUACUUUGGAAUGGUUAUCGGCCAGCUCAUCGGCGGAGCUUCCAUCAUUUUCUCUCAGCCGUGGUAUAUACGCAAGCUUGAGGCUAACGGCGGCGUAACCGUCCCCGAGUGGAGGUUGCCACACGUUAUCGUCGGCGGUGUAGCCUUUUCCAUCGGGCUCUUCUGGUUUGGGUGGACUGGAUACAGGGCCGAUAUCCACUGGAUCGUGCCCACGGCUUCAGGCAUCUUCACCGGAUUCGGACUGCUGGUCAUCUUUCUGCAGAGCCUAAACUAUAUAAUCGACGCCUAUCUGCUUUUCGCCGCCUCUGCCAUUGCAGCAAAUACUCUCCUUCGAUCUAUUGCCGGAGCUGUCUUUCCUCUCUUUGCCUCGUACAUGUUUAAAGGCUUGGGGAUAAACUGGGCUGGGACCUUGCUAGGGUGUUUUUCUGCUGCUCUCUGCCCGAUCCCUGUCAUCUUCUACUUUUACGGCCACCGCAUCCGGGCUAAAAGCAAAUUCGGGCCCAAGUUUACUCUUGAGCAGGAGAUGGAGAGAGAUAUGUCGAGAUAG